UCCAUUUGUGUCUUUCCCUUUUUGGAUUCGUCGACGUCGUUAGAUUCUUUUUCUAUUGACAAGUGAAAUAUUGUUGAUUAUUAUACUUUUCAACUAUGCCACGGGGUCCCAAAAAGCAUAUGAAACGUUUGGCAGCACCCAAACACUGGAUGCUGAGUAAACUCGGUGGUAUUUGGGCACCUAGACCAAGUAGUGGACCUCACAAACUACGAGAAUCGUUACCUUUGUUGUUGAUUCUCCGCAAUCGAUUGAAAUAUGCACUCAAUAAUAGAGAAGCAGUGGCUAUUCUGAUGCAACGUCUAGUCAAAGUGGAUGGAAAAGUACGCACCGAUAAAACAUUUCCCGCAGGUUUUAUGGACGUGAUUGAAUUGGAACGUACCAAUGAAACCUUUAGAUUGUUGUAUGAUGUAAAAGGUAGAUUCCGAUUGCAUCGCAUCACUCCGGAAGAAGGCAAAUACAAAUUAUGUCGCGUGAAGAGAGCCCAAAUGGGUGUCCGUGGAAUCCCAUAUAUAGCUACUCAUGAUGGGCGCACCAUCCGUUAUCCCGAUCCAGCUAUCAAACAUAAUGAUACGGUGGUAUUGGAUUUGGAAACAGGAAAAGUGACAGACUUUUUAAAGUUUGAAGUGGGUAACUUGUGUAUGAUUACCGGUGGACAUAAUAUUGGAAGAGUUGGAUUAAUUCAACAUAGAGAGAAACAUCCAGGGUCUACAGAGAUUAUUCAUGUACGAGAUGCCCGAGGUCAAGAGUUUGCUACCCAAUUGAAUAACGUAUUUGUGAUUGGUAAAGGAAAUCAACCUUUUGUAUCGUUGCCAAAAGGAAAAGGUAUUCGUUUUUCCAUUUUGGAGGAACAAGAAAAGAUGAUGAAAGAAAGGCAACAAAUAUAAGAAAGGCUUUGAUUAUAAUAAAAAAGAGGUUUGGAUUUCAUGUUUGAAAAAAUGCAAAAUGU